GGGUCUCUGGAUCUCUCUCCCGGAGUCUGGCGGCUCUCAGCGGCCGCAAACACGUGUGUGGCUUCGGUCGGUGUGCAGCUGAGACCAUGGCAGAGGAGGCGAAGAAACUGGCCGCUUACGCCGCCGUGGACAACCACGUCCAGGUGAGGAAGGAAGGAGGGGGGAGGCUCCGAGUCGACAGCUUUUUCUCUGCUCGUUUUUUUUGCAAUCGCCUCAUUUUCUCCCAUCUCCUCCUCUUUCAGGCUCGCCAGCUGAUUCUGCAGCACGGCCUCACGCUGUCGGAUCUGGACAGGCACCCGGAGCUGGACGUGGCGAUCGACGGAGCCGACGAAGUGGACGCAGACCUCACUCUGAUUAAAGGUGGAGGCGGCUGCCUGACUCAAGAGAAGAUCGUCGCCGGCUGCGCCAAACAUUUUGUUGUCAUCGCCGACUUCAGGAAAGACUCCAAGGCUCUGGGCCAGCAGUGGAAGAAGGGAGUUCCCAUCGAGGUUAUCCCCAUGGCGUACGUCCCCAUUUCCAGGACGAUAGCCAAGCGCUUCGGGGGGGAGGCCAACUUACGGAUGGCUGUCAGUAAAGCAGGUCCCGUGGUGACCGACAACAGCAACUUCAUCCUGGACUGGAAGUUUGAGUGCGCUCAGAAGUGGAAGGAGGUCAACACGGCCAUCAAGAUGAUCCCAGGUGUGGUGGAGACGGGGCUCUUCGUGGGCAUGGCUGAGCGGGCCUACUUCGGGAUGGAGGACGGCAGCGUGCAGGUCCGAGAUCCUCCGGUCAACUGACGAGUCGGCCAUGAUCCCCGUCUUCUCUGGAACGACCUCACUUCUCCCUCAAGUGCCGUGAUUUACACCCGGUUUCAGGCUGUGCUGGAGCUGAAGCUGAAACUGCAUCUCCUCCAGAACUGGACAAAACUGCAGCAACAACUGGAGCAUCGCUUGGUUCCUCUCAUCCUGCAGGUGGUGCUUCUGAUUCUGUGAGUUUUAAAGUGCCUGAUGAGGGAAACCAAGCGAUAUUCUUGUUGUUUUUUUGUUUUUUUUUGUUUCUCAGUUCGUCUUCCUGGUCACACUGGGACUCUUCCUGUAAUUGGUGGGUUUGACUGAACAUCUGCAGAGCUGCGGUUCUGCAGAGGUGUGCCUUGAGAUUAUAGUUUAAGUCCUGUAAAUACAAAAAAAACCCCAGUGCUAUGGAGGUUACAUUUAAAAAUCUCAUAAACAGACGAUUACCUGCUGGCUGAUGCAAACACAAAGCAGUCGAGUUGAAUCUCAGCACACUGUAGGCAGCUGAGAAAUUAAUUAAUUUCACUAAUUAAUAUGCAAAUUUAAACAGCAAGAAGCUCCGUAAGUUAAUAAGGAAACCUUGUGGUGCAGCUACGAAGCUUCUGUUGUUUGUUUUUGGUGUUACGAGGACACAUGACACGAUGACAAACGCAGCAGUCUGUCACGUAGCAUAUAGAGCACACGGUUUCAAUCCAAUGCAUACGUUCCCCAUGACAACAAAAAAUGUGAAAAGACAUGUAGUUUCUCUGUGAUCAUCUUGUGUAUCAGUGCUGUGCAGUGUAGUGAUGCAUUUACAUCAUCUCAGCAUCCAAAAGCAGUUACCAAACUGUUGUUUUUGAACUUCAGACCGCACAAAUAUAAAGUAAUGUCUGGAUGUUUAUGGGAUAUUCUUCAACACGUGGCUGCAGACGGUUCACGGAGCAGCUGCUGCAACGUUAUAUAUCCAUUUAUAAUCAAUGAAACUGGCUGAGUGGUGCAUACAGACAUCUGCAAAUGUAGAAAUAAACCAUUCUUCACUUUAUAUAUUUUUGCAAGGUGCUUUUACACAGAAACCAGUCAAAGUGUCAUAUUUUUUUAAAAUUUAACAACCAGUAUACAGGAAAAUGACCUCUUUUUUUUCUAUGUAUAUGUUGCUAGCAUCAGCCAAUGGUUGUUUAGUCACAUUAUCCUGGAGUUUAUAGACGUUAACGUACCCAUAUUACACAAACUCACAGCCUCCAGAAACAGAAGACACUGUAAUUCCAAAGCUCAAAAUCUUGCUUUGCCGCAACACUUUUCCAUAAUUAGUCAUUAAAAUCUGAUUUUUGCUAAGUUGCUUCAUCCUGCAGUCUAUAGAUGCUAACUUACCCAUACUACACAAAUCAAUUUGCCAUUUGAAGCCAGUAAAAAGAUGCAUUUUCUUCUCACAUUUAGUCUGCAAACACACACUGUGCGUCCAGCGUGGCCGCGAUGUUAGCGUCACGUUAGCAGAGCUGGAUGGAGGAUUUCUAGCCGUGGUUGUAAACUUGUUUGUUCCUCUGGCCAGUAUGUUUGCAGUCACGUUAGGUCACAUUUUUGACGUAAUUCUCCCAUGAUAGCUGCUGUCGCUAUGAACCAAUCGCUCUGGUUUCCCGCCACCGUGCGAAGGAAGACGAGAGUUUGGAAAAUGUUUGCGGUUUCCUCUUGAGUUUCAGCAGCUGCUCCUGUAGAGUUUCACCCGUCGGGGUUAAAGUCUGCUGCUUCACUUUAAAACAAACAAACCACUGAAUGUUGGUACUUUACUGCAUGCACCUUCUUCUUCCACUGUGUCGGUUCUUUUUGUGCCUGUAAGUCCACCUGUGCCAUAAACUUUAAAUAAGUAAUAAUAACAAACAUUUGUUGUAUAACAGUGUCACAUUUAAUGGUACCAGUAGCACCGCGAGCACGUUACAUGUGCCUUGGCAUGCCAAAGCAAUAGGAAAUCAUUUUUAGAUUCAGGAGUAGCAGAAAUCUGAUCAUGUAGCUGCUGAUCUACGUGUUCAAAGCUGCACUGUGAGGGUUUAGGAGACUUUUCAAUAUGGAAACGUAAAGUUAACGACAAGUAACGAGUUCCUGAAGCUCCAGAACAGAAAUAUAAAAGAUGCUUCCUGAUUGGUCAGUGUGAAAAAGUCCAAACAACUUCACAGUGGAGCUUCAUACAGUCUUUUCUCAUUGUGCAAGUUUUCAGUGUCACACAAAACUACACUCACUGAAUAAUGUAUUACCCAGAAUACGGUUAUACCUCUUCUCUAACAAAGUAAUCAGAGUACCGUUGUUGCUUGGAAACAAUUGGUUAUUUCUUUGUUUAUGCCGAGUUAUCUGUCAACAUCAUCUGUUUGAAACUUGUCAUCUCAUUCUUUUUCUUUUUAUAUUGUUUUGUAAUGCAGCUGUUUGUUCUGCUUCAGGCUCACAACGCCUUACGCUCCGCUUUCAUUUUGUAAAUCUGUGUUUUUCUACGUGCAUCUCUGAGAGACUCGAGGCUGAGCAGUUUAUUACAGCGCUGGGGGUUUUGUCUGCGAGCUUCCGUCAGGUACGAGCAAUCUGGUUUCAUUCUCCUAAAUCCAAUCGAAGAGGAUGAUUUUUACAAUCCGCCUCGGCCUCGGCGGCCCGGAGACGAAGUAAAAACCGAGAAUACGAUGUUGGGUCUUCUUGCACCAGCGUUUCUGUUGUUCCUUUCUUUUACCAGUCGACUGUGAAUAUGAGUUUUGCUGUGAAGGUACGACUUCCUUUGUCAACCAAUAAAGGACCAAAAUGAGAACA